UAUUUCUUCCUCGGUAGUCUGUAGUCUUACAGUGGAAUCGGCUCUUCCACGCCGUGAACUACUAAACUUCAGCACGCCGCCGGCUGUCGUAGCCAGCCGGCAGCAGCACUCCUCUCUUUGCCCCCAAAGGCUUCUUAUGUCCUGUAGAAGAAGAGUUUCCGAAAUCUAAAAGGUUAGGGUUUUCCUCUUCUACUUACCAAAGAUGAUUUUGCAUUUUCAGCUUCGAUCCCCCUUUCAAGCUUCGCUAUCCCUCCUUAUCCUCCUUCUGUCCGCCUUCCUUCGCCGGUCGGAAUCCUCCUGUCGGAGUGGCUGCGACCUCGCCCUCGGCUCGUAUUAUGUCACAGCUGAAUCCUCAAACCUCACAUACGUCGCCCACUUCUUCAACCAAAGACCGGCCGAGGUGCUGCCCUACAACUCUCUUACCAACCAGGACAGCAUCAUAAAUGGUGAACGCCUCAACAUCGGCUUCCCCUGUGAGUGCAUCUCCGGCGAUUUCUUCGGCCGUAAUUUCUCCUAUACUGCGCGGUCUGGUGACACUUAUUAUAUAAUUGCUACCAACUACUAUGCCAAUCUUACCACCGCCGACUGGCUUGCGGCCACCAACAGCUACCCUGCAUCUGGAAUCCAGAUCGGAGACCUUAUUAACGUAGUUAUCAAUUGCUCGUGUGGGGAUCCCGGGGUGUCGAUGGAGUACGGCCUGUUCGAGACUUACCCGCUUCGUCCGGGGGAAACCCUUGAUUCGGUGGCAGCGGAGUUCAAUCUAUCCUCGCAGAAGAGCUUGAUUCAGCAAUACAAUCCCGGGAAAAAUUUCAACGCUGGGACGGGGAUAGUUUUCGUUCCCACAAGAGAUACAAAUGGAAGUUAUCGCCCAAUUUCACCCAGCAAAAAUGCAGGACUAAACGGUGGAGCUAUUGCUGGAAUUUGUGUGGGUGUUAUUGUUGCCCUACUGAUCGUUGUUAUUUUCUUAUAUUUUGGAUUGUGUGGGAAAAAGAAGGGAAAGAAGACAUUGCUCCCAUCAUUAUCUGAUGACAGCACUCCAAUGAGACAUGCUGCCUCAGAUAAAAAUACAGCAUUAGCUUCUCUAGAAGGCACUCUUGCCACAGCCACAAGCCUUAGUGUGGAAAAAUCAGUAGAAUUCUCUCUUGAAGAGCUUGCUAAGGCUACAAAUGACUUCAGUAUGGCUAACAAAAUUGGUCAAGGCGGCUUUGGAUCUGUUUAUUAUGCUGAGCUUAGAGGAGAGAAAGCUGCUAUUAAGAAGAUGGAUAUGGAAGCAUCAAGAGAAUUUCUUGCUGAACUUAAAGUUUUAACUCAUGUUCAUCAUCUAAAUUUGGUUCGCCUAAUAGGUUAUUGCACUGAAGGCUCCUUAUUUCUUGUUUACGAAUUUAUUGGAAAUGGUAAUUUAAGCCAACAUUUGCGAGGAUCAGGCAGGGAUCCUCUUCCAUGGCUGAGUAGAGUACAGAUUGCACUUGAUUCUGCAAGGGGUCUAGAAUAUAUCCAUGAGCAUACAGUGCCAGUUUAUAUUCAUCGUGAUAUCAAAUCUGCAAAUAUUUUAAUAGACGAGAAUCUUCGUGCAAAGGUUGCAGAUUUUGGGUUGACCAAACUUACUGAAGUUGGUGGUGCAACCUUGCAGACCCGUCUUGUUGGAACAUUUGGUUACAUGCCUCCAGAGUAUGCUCAGCUGGGUGAGGUUUCUCCUAAAGUUGAUGUGUAUGCCUUUGGUGUUGUCUUGUUUGAACUUAUUUCGGCGAAAGAAGCCAUUGUAAAAUCAAGUUCUUUGAUGGAAUCAACGGGUUUGGUCUCUCUAUUUGAGGAUGCCCUUAGCCAACCUGAUGCAAGGGAACAUCUGAGGAAACUAGUUGAUCCAAGGCUUGGAGAUGACUACCCUAUUGAGUCAGUCCUUAAGUUGUCUCAACUAGCCAUGGCCUGUACCCAAGAGAACCCCCAUCUAAGACCCAGCAUGAGGUCCAUUGUAGUAGCUCUGAUGACUUUAUCUUCCUCCACUGAUGAAUGGGAUCUUGGUGCCUUAUAUGCCAAUCAAUCCAUGCUUAAUCUCAUGUCAGGAAGGUAGCAGAAUUGAUAGUUACAGCCAUUUAUUUUUAUUGUUUUACUUGUCAUGAGUGGAAGGGAGAAUAACCUCCCAUUCAGAGGUCUUGAGUACCAGUAUUGAUAUAAGCAAAGCAUUUAUGUGUAGAAUUUGUCCUUUUGGUACUCAGAAAGAGAGAAUAGUCUGUAUAUUUGUAUAAAAGAUUACAUUAACAUUGAAUUGUAACAUUCUGCUGCUGAUUUUUUAAUCAGUUAGAAAGUUUUUGUUGAUUGAUUUGAAGAAUUUUCAACA